CGAGAGAACCAGGUCACCAUCACUGGCAUAUAUGGUACUGGGAACUGAGCCUGGGACCUUAGCUUGCAAAUCCCGCUCUCUCUGCCACCUCCCUGGCCACUCUUAGAAUUGUCUGGACUCUGGGGUGGCAGAGGUGCCCUGCUGAAUGGAAAAGUUCUGACCAAGUGGGCUGGUCAGACCAAAGCCGGAUGGUCCCAACGUCCCCCCCCCCCCCAUGUCUGUACCUCUCCUGGGCGGCUCCUCUCCACCCUAGUGGAAACCAAGCUGUGGUUUCUCCGGCUCCGCCCUCUCAGCCCCUCCAUCUGGGUCUACACAGCUUCCUGCUCCUACACUCUGGGCUGCGGCACCAUGUCACCCACUGUCCCUCUCUCCUGCCUCCUGGCCCUGCUGGUGGCAGUCCAAGGCAGCUGGGGUCCCAUCAGGUUCCAGGACCCUGGCGUCCGGCCACUGGAGUUGAAAGAAGUCUUCACACAGUUCCAGACCCAGUACAACAGGAGCUACUCGAGCCCAGAAGAGUAUGCCCGUCGCCUGGAUACCUUCGCCCGCAACCUGGCCCGGGCGCAGCGCCUGCAGGACAUGGGCAUCGCCCAGUUUGGGGUGACCUCAUUCAGCGACCUCACAGAGGAGGAAUUCAGGCGGCUCCAUGGGCAUCAGUGGGCUGCCACCAAGCCUCCUGUGAGCAGAAAGGUGGGUGAUGAAGACUGGGGCCAGCUGGUGCCCUCCAGCUGUGACUGGCGCAAAAUGAAGGGUGGCCUCUCGCCCGUCAGGGACCAGGGGAACUGCAGGUGCUGCUGGGCCAUGGCGGCCGCGGGCAAUCUGGAGGCCCUGUGGCAUAUCCACGGGUACAGCUCCGUGGAAGUCUCCGUGCAGGAACUGCUGGACUGCAGCCUCUGUGGGGAUGGCUGCAAAGGGGGCUACGUGUGGAACGCCUUCGCCACCAUCAUCAACGGCAGUGGCCUGGUCAGCGAGGACAAGUACCCAUUCCGGGGGGACUUCAAGCCCAACAGGUGCCAGGUCAACUCCAACAAGAAGGACAGGAAGCCCGUGGCCUGGAUCCAGGACUUCGCCAUGCUUCCGGAGAAUGAGGAUAAAAUUGCCGGGUACCUGGCCACCCACGGCCCCAUCACGGUGACCAUCAACAGUGUGCUCUUACAGCUCUACAAGGGGGGCGUGCUCAAGGCCACGCCUGCCACCUGCAACCCCCAGUUCCUGGACCACUCAGUUCUGCUGGUGGGCUUUGGCAGGGACCGAGGCCGCCGCUCUACCCCAUACUGGAUCCUCAAGAACUCCUGGGGGACCAUGUGGGGCGAGGAGGGCUACUUCCGGCUGCAGCGAGGGAACAACGCCUGCGGCAUCACGAAGUUCCCCAUCACCGCCAGGGUGGGGCAGGCGAAGAAGAAGCCCCCUGCCACCUGCCCCCCCUGACAGCGGGGCUCUCGUGCCCUGCCCCCAGACCUCCUGGUUGUCCCCCACCCCCACCCCCCAGCCGCAGCUUAAAUAAACUAAGACGGGCGCAGUCCUGAUCGGACUCGGUCGGGUGGGUCGGAU